AAAUAAAACUUGAUGAAAUUCGCACACAGCUUUUAAAAAAAAAUGAACAUGACAGCGAUCAUGAUUUUUAUAUGGGGUCAAAUUGUCGUUUUUUAAAUUCUAAAAACAACACAGAAGAUAAACCCCCGAUUAAUCCAAGUGAUGAACACAAUUUCUGCCUUUCGGAAAUCGUAAGCGAUAGUUGUUUAUUAUAUAUUAGUCAAAAUUCAGAAUUCGAUUUGACAGUAUUAAGAUUUGAAAAAGGGCUCAAACUUAAUGAAGAUGGUUCCAUAACAACUGCACAUGCUCAAGCGUUCCACAUUAAUAUUGAUAGAAUUAAAAUUAAUAAAAAUAUGACUCAAGAAAAAAACAAAGAAUAUGAAUGCACUCAUAAAUCAACCACAGAUUGUAAAUGCACUUUUUUACUUGAUGGAAAGUUGCCAGUCGUUUGUUUGUCGUAUGAAAAUUCUAGCCAAGCGCAUACUAACCACACAAUGAAAAAUCAAUAUUCAUGUCAAUGGGUGCAAAAAGGCGAAAUAAGAAUUCCUGAUGUUAAAAUUGAUAUUGAAGUAACAGAUGGCUUUGUUAAGGAUGUCGAAAAAGCAUUAGAUGAAACAAUCCAAGAUAAAAAAAGUCAACUUUUCGAAGUCUCUAAAAAAUAUGGUGACUUUUAUGCACGAAGUCUUAUUUUGGGAGGGACCAUAAUAAAGAAUGAAAAAUAUACUAAAAAUUCAGGUGAAACUUCUAAGCUCAAUAAGAUUAAUGGACAAACUAAAGCCAAUGUAGAUACCGAGAAGUGGGAUGGAAUUUAUAAAGUUACGGCUAACGUACAAGCAAAUGCACAAGCUGAUUAUGAUCGAAGCAAUAUUAAAAGUUUUAUUACUACAAAUAAUGAUGAAAUAAUUAUCGGCGGAGAUGAAACUGAAGAUAAAAUUACUUGGAGAAAGUCUCUCAAAGAUCAAACUACCUGGAAAAUAAUUGGAUAUAAAGAUUAUUUUUCAUUGUUUGAAUUAUUAGAGGAGCCUUUACGAAAUAAGGUUUUAGGUGUCUUGGGUCACCAGAUUUUAAAAGAAAAUGAACGUCAAACAUCAGUUAGAUUAUAUGCUCAUUAUUUUGUAUAA